AUGAGUCAGGCUAUAUGAUGCUGCUGCUCCUGCUGCCAUUUCAUCAGCGACGAAAACCUACAAACACUCAGCAAACACUGAAACGAUAGCGCGGGGUUCCCCUCUGACACACACCGCCCCGUCAGCACCUGUGCUGGGAACAGAGAACUGAAUCUUUUCCGCGUAAAAGCGCAAAGAUCCCUGGUGUUUUUUUCCCCCCCACCUUGCCUCGUUUUCUCCGCACCUGCUCUGGAUGCGUUUUUCUCUCCAUCGGGCCUGGCAUCACCAAGGAAAGCAGCCCUUCACUCCAAGGGGCCUUCGCUGCUGAACUUCUGCCGUCGAGCCUCGGCGUUCAGGAGACGAACGGGCGAGCGUCGCGCGGCUGCUUUGGUUCGUGCCGCUGCGCCUCCGUGAGCGUCGAUCUUGCUCGGUGCCAUGGAGCUCACGCCAGCCUGGUCCUGAGCAGCCUUCGCGGGAGCGACCAUUCCGGCCUGAACAAGACUCCACUCCUGCUCCAACUCAGCUGCAGUCAGUCAGGCAGACACACACACACACACACUCGUGUGCAGAGAGGCAGACAGGUAGCGGCCGAGUCAUGGAGGCCAUCUGGCUCUACCAGUUCCGGCUGAUCGUCAUCGGGGACUCCACGGUGGGCAAGUCGUGCCUGAUCCGGCGGUUCACGGAGGGCCGCUUCGCCCAGGUGUCCGACCCCACCGUGGGCGUGGACUUCUUCUCCCGGCUGGUGGAGAUCGAGCCGGGAAAGCGGAUCAAGCUGCAGAUCUGGGACACUGCGGGUCAGGAGCGCUUCAGGUCCAUCACCAGAGCUUACUACCGCAACUCGGUGGGCGGGCUCCUCCUCUUCGACAUCACCAACCGCCGCUCCUUCCAGAACGUCCACGACUGGCUGGAGGAGGCCCGGAGCCACGUCCAGCCGCACAGCAUCGUCUUCCUGUUGGUCGGCCACAAGUGCGACCUCGAGGCGCAGCGCCAGGUUUCCCGCCAGGAAGCGGAGAAGCUGGCGUCGGCGUACGGGAUGCGCUACGUGGAGACGUCGGCCCGCGACGCCAUCAACGUGGAGCACGCCUUCACGGAGCUGACCAGAGAUAUCUUCGCCCUGGUGCGGUCCGGCGAGAUCACCAUCCAGGAGGGCUGGGAGGGCGUGAAGAGCGGGUUCGUCCCCAACGUAGUCCACUCGUCCGAGGAGGUGACCAAGAGCGACCGCCGCUGCCUCUGCUGAUCUGGGACUGAGGGCUUGAAGAGGAGCGAGGGGUUCGGAGAGCGGACGACGGACUGAGCGGUCGGCCCUCUGGCUCGAACUGCUGGUGACCCUCUGAUGAUCUUUCUUCAGGUUGGAUACAGAACGCGAUACGUGAGGAAGGAGGUGGCGACAAACACCUUUGCCUAAAAGAGUUGGACCUAAUUCUGCAAACGAAGGAUCACAGAUGUCCACUGACCUGCGAGAACUGCCAUGAUUCAAUCCCCUCACUUUCGUUUACUGCAUCCUGAACGUUGUUUGAAGGCCUUAGAAAGAGGAUCCAUUUUGGUUCAUUGUCACGAUGCGAUGGCACUCCCAAAUGGUUUCUUCUUUUCCCCCCCAACAUCCCAUCUUUCACCUUUCUUCCCAUGUACCUUUUCCUCCCAAUAUGCAAUUACAUGACCACAGAGAGAGAGAGAGAGCGGUUUCUCUUCAUGCAUUCCUUCAUUCCGAGUCUCAUCUCUCGCUGACUUCUACGUCCACGGUCUUACCAUAAAAGCUCAAUGGAGGAGUCGCGGAGGUCUUAGAUAUAAGAAAGGAGGGAUGACUUCCCUCCCAGACCGGAGACUUCGCUGCCACUUUUCGUCUCAGCGGAGCAGGUUUGGCCUCCGGUGAGCUCAAUGACGUUGACGCCCUGCUGUAAACACAACACUACGAGAAAACACCGUCACCCGUCCAUUUCCUAAAGCAGGAAGAGACACCGUGUACAGCAUAAAUGACCAACUCCUUGGACCAGCAUCAGAAAAAAACAAAAACAA